CUUUGUCAGUUUCAGAAUUCCCAGUAAACAAUUAACGUUAAUGCCCGAGUUCCAAAGCCGGCAUUACCACACACAGUCGAUACUCAGUUCAGUCUUGUUCCUUUCCUUUCAGAAUUACCAGACAACAACCAAAUACCGCUGAAGAAAAUGGAGAAUCCCUCUCUUCCUGGACUUCUACUUUCCUUCUUCACUCUAUUAAGCGUGUUCAAUCAAGUAUUGGGUGAUGAAGGAUUCUGUUCCGCUCCUUCCAUAUUGGACCAAGCUGAUACUUCCUCUAAACCUUUGUAUUGGAAAGUCACAAGCCCAACUCUCUCUCCUUCUCAUCUCCAAGACUUACCCGGUUUCACUCGUAGUGUUUACAAACGGGACCAUGCGUUAAUAACACCAGAAAGUCAUGUUUUCAGUCCUCUGCCUGAUUGGGAAAAUACACUGGGAGCAUAUUUAAUCACACCGGCAAUGGGUUCACAUUUCGUGAUGUAUCUGGCAAAAAUGCAAGAAAACUCGAAGUCGGGGCUUCCCCCUGCUGGUGUAGAGAGGUUGAUAUUUGUGAUUCAAGGUGCUGUCACUCUCACCAAUUCAUCUGGCAUUAGCAACAAAUUGAUGGUGGAUUCAUAUGCUUAUCUUCCUCCUAAUUUUGAACAUUCUCUGAAGUGUGAUGGCUCUACUACUCUUGCCAUAUUUGAACGAAGAUAUGCCUGUCUGGAUAAUCACAUCACUGAGCGGAUUGUUGGUUCAACAGAUAAGCUGCCACUUCUUGAAACACCUGGUGAGGUGUUUGAACUUAGGAAGCUUCUUCCAGCAUCAAUGCCUUAUGACUUCAAUAUCCAUAUUAUGGAUUUUCAACCAGGAGAAUUCCUUAAUGUUAAGGAGGUCCAUUAUAAUCAACAUGGUUUGCUGCUUUUAGAGGGACAGGGCAUUUAUCGCCUGGGGGAUAGCUGGUAUUCGGUUCAAGCUGGUGAUGUGAUAUGGAUGGCACCUUUUGUGCCUCAAUGGUACGCUGCACUUGGAAAAACCCGGUCACGAUAUUUGCUGUAUAAAGAUGUAAAUAGGAAUCCACUGUAGUUUCAAACAGCAUGAUAUGUGCACUGGUAGAACUUUGAUGAGAUGGUUUAAAUAACAGGCACACUUGCAGUGAAUAAGAGUGGCAAUUCGUGGCCUGUGAAAACAAAUUUAACUGUAGCAUUCAUUUAAUCCUUAUGUAUCAUGAUUAGAUACCCAACUUCUGGAACAUGUUUGCUUGUGAAAUUGUCAUUUUGUCUAA